AUGAUGAUGAUGAUGAUGCUCUGAAUGAAGCCUCAGUCAAUGGCUCGCUGCUGGACGGCUCCGCGAUACACGCAUUGACUUUGAAGAGUCCAGUGCAGGAAUAACUGUGAUGAUGGAUAUUAUGGAUAUGUUAUAUUUCCUCUGGAUGCUGCCAACAGUCUGGGCUGUCGAAGAAAUACUAAUGGAUUCAACGACAGCAACAGCAGAGCUGGGAUGGACCAUCUCCCCAUCACAGGGGUGGGAAGAAGUUAGCGGCUAUGAUGAAAACAUGAACACCAUCCGAACAUACCAGGUGUGUAACGUCUUUGAUAGCAGCCAGAACAACUGGGUACGCACCAAGUACAUCCGUCGCCGUGGUGCUCAGCGCAUCCAUGUCCAAAUGAAAUUCUCAGUGCGCGACUGCAGUUCCAUACCCAACGUACCUGGCUCCUGCAAGGAGACCUUCAACCUGUAUUACUACGAGUCGGACUCAGACACCGCCUCUAAAACAUCCCCAGCCUGGAUGGAGAACCCCUGGGUGAAGGUGGACACUAUAGCGGCUGAUGAGAGCUUCUCUCAGGUGGAUCUUGGUGGCCGCAUCAUGAAGAUCAACAGUGAAGUCCGGAGUUUUGGACCUGUUUCACGCAAUGGCUUCUACCUCGCUUUCCAGGAUUAUGGUGCCUGCAUGUCACUCAUCGCUGUUCGAGUCUUCUACAGGAAAUGUCCUCGUGUGAUCCAGAAUGGCGCCAUCUUUCCUGAGACUCUGUCUGGAGCAGAGAGCACCUCCUUGGUGGCAGCCAGAGGUGUUUGUGUUCCCAAUGGGGAAGAGGUGGAUGUCCCCAUCAAGCUGUACUGUAACGGGGACGGGGAGUGGAUGGUUCCCAUUGGGCGCUGCAUGUGCAAAGCUGGAUACGAGGCAGUAGAGAACGGUACAGCCUGCAGAGCUUGUAUAUCAGGGUUCUUCAAGGCUGCACAGGGAGAUCACAAAUGUCUGCAGUGCCCCAUUAACAGCCGAACCACCAGCGAGGGAGCAACGAACUGUGUGUGUCGCAACGGCUACUACCGCGCUGACUCCGACCCUCCACAGAUGCCCUGUACAACUGUUCCAUCAGCUCCUCAGACUGUGAUCUCCAUAGUGAAUGAGACCUCUCUGAGGCUGGAGUGGAGCCCCCCCCAGGAGGGCGGCGGCCGGGAGGACGUGGUCUACAACAUCAUCUGUAAGAGCUGCGGCAGCGGCCGCGGCGGCUGCACGCGCUGCGGAGACAACGUGCAGUUCGUCCCCCGUCAGCUGGGCCUGACCGACGUCAGCGUCCAGAUCAGCGACCUGCUGGCUCACACACAGUACACCUUCGAGAUACAAGCUGUCAACGGAGUCUCUGACCAGAGUCCUUAUUCACCACAGCACACGUCUGUCAACAUCACCACCAACCAGGCUGCACCAUCAUCAGUGUCCAUCAUCCACCAGGUGAGCAGGACCCCUACCACCAUCACCCUGUCCUGGUCCCAGCCGGACCAGCCCAACGGGGUCAUCCUGGACUAUGAGCUGCAGUACUAUGAGAAGAACCAGGCAGAGUGGAACUCGUCCCUCACCAGGAGUCAGACCAACACUGCAGUGGUCCGAGGCCUGAAGCCUGGAACCAUCUACGUCUUCCAGGUUCGGGCUCGGACCGUCGCUGGAUUUGGACGCUUUAGUGGCAAAAUGUACUUCCAGACCAUGACUGAAGAGGAAUAUAACUCCAGUAUUCAGGAGAAGCUACCCCUCAUCAUUGGUUCCGCCGCUGCAGGCGUAGUCUUCAUCAUUGCCAUCACUGUCUUCAUCAUUGUCUGCCGCAGCAGGAGAAAUUCUGACCAACCAGAAUCAGAAUACACAGACAAACUCCAGCAUUACACCAGUGGUCACAUGUCACCGGGGAUGAAGAUCUACAUCGACCCCUUCACAUACGAAGACCCUAAUGAAGCAGUGAGAGAAUUUGCCAAGGAGAUUGACAUUUCCUGUGUCAAGAUUGAACAAGUUAUUGGUGCAGGUGAGUUUGGGGAGGUGUGCAGUGGAAACCUGCGGCAGCCUGGGAAGAGAGAGAUCCUGAUAGCUAUCAAGGCGCUGAAGGCGGGCUACACCGAACGCCAGAGGCGGGACUUCUUGAGUGAGGCGUCCAUCAUGGGCCAGUUUGACCACCCCAACAUCAUCCAUCUGGAGGGGGUGGUGACCAAGAGCAGCCCUGUUAUGAUCAUCACGGAGUUCAUGGAGAACGGAUCCCUGGACUCCUUCCUCAGGCAAAACGAUGGGCAGUUCACAGUGAUCCAGCUGGUGGGGAUGCUGCGCGGCAUCGCAGCAGGGAUGAAGUACCUGUGUGACAUGAACUACGUCCACAGAGACCUGGCGGCCAGGAACAUCCUGGUCAACAGCAACCUGGUGUGCAAAGUGUCUGACUUCGGUCUGUCACGCUUCCUAGAGGACGACACGUCAGACCCCACCUACACCAGCGCUCUGGGAGGGAAGAUUCCCAUCCGGUGGACGGCUCCAGAGGCCAUCCAGUACAGGAAGUUCACCUCCUCCAGCGACUGCUGGAGUUAUGGCAUCGUCAUGUGGGAAGUGAUGUCAUACGGGGAAAGGCCCUACUGGGACAUGAGCAACCAGGACGUGAUCAAUGCCAUAGAGCAGGACUACAGGUUGCCGCCCCCUAUGGACUGUCCCAGUGCACUGCACCAGCUGAUGCUGGACUGCUGGCAGAAAGACCGCAACAACCGGCCCAAGUUCAGCCAGAUCGUCAGCACGCUGGACAAGAUGAUCCGCAACCCCAACAGCCUCAAGGCCACCACACCAUUAUCAUCAAGUGUUCACUUACCUCUGCUGGACCGCACCACUCCAGACUUCUCCUCCUUCAGCACAGUGGAUGAGUGGCUGGAUGCCAUCAAGAUGGGCCAGUACAAGGAGAACUUCACCAACGAAGACUUCACCAGCUUUGACGUGGUCUCCAAAAUGACCAUGGAGGACAUCCUGAGAGUUGGAGUGACGUUGGCCGGCCACCAGAAGAAGAUCCUCAACAGCAUCCAGUCUAUGAGGGCCCAGAUGAACCAGAUCACUUCAGUAGAGGUGUGAUCUGACAGACCAGGAGCACAGUGCUCUGUUUACAGUAGGAAACACAGCAGCCACCAACCCUGCAGUCAGCUGA